GCACAAUGAGAUCCUGCGCCGCGCACCGCACCUUGUACCGGUGCUGGCAGGGCCAUGGUUCUUCGACCGCAAAACGGAGGUGCCCGAGGGCAAGCAGCCCUUCUUCGAGAUCCCCGUCUUCAACUACCACCGCGGCUACCUCUCCGUCAACUACUCGGACAACUACUACCACCUCAGCCAGCGCCACCCGGAGGUGCCCCGCCUGACCCCGCAGCACCACGAAGCCCUGGCGCUGUUCAACGAACUGGCAGCCAGCCCGCAGCUCAGCCUGCGUACCGUGCUACAGCCCGGGGACGUGCAGCUGGUGUCCAACCACACCUGCCUGCACUACCGCGGCGCUUUCAAG